CGAACGCGGUGGACUUACCUUUUCGUCGGGAUUCUUUGUCGGAUCCGGAUACGUUUCGUUCGGUUCGUUUUUCUUCACGCGUAUCGCGUUCGUUUGCGCGACGGGAUUAGCGAUUUGUAGGCGCGUGUUUUAUUAUUUCUUUCGGUUUUUUUCUUCUAUUUGCUGAUCCUCUGCGCCUGGUCCUCUCAUCGUCGACGCGCUAACCUGCGACGGUAUAACGGAAUGAUCGUCAUCAACUUCUUCUAGAGAUUGUCGUCGUCGUCGUUGCCGUCGUUGGCAAACGGAAGUUGGAUUAGUCGGAGCUCAAGUGAGCAGUGUAUAGUGUUAUAGCUGAUGUGUCAAAAGAAUCGGAAAAGCUCAAUCUUGACAUAGAUUUCGAGUGAACCACUUAUCUACUCUGUUGUUGCUUGCUGCAGUCUUGUAGUGCUAGAGUUAGUGCCUCCGUGUCGAAUGUAGCCGGGAAGGCCGAUCCCUGUCCAUUUGAAAGCUGCAAGCUUUCCAGAAGAAAAUCCUAAGAAAAGCAAAGUUCGAAGAAUAAAUCUUUCCCCCCUUAAGAAAGAGGGAUACUUUCGGCUCAAGAGUACAAACGAGAAAGCACAGAACUUUCCGGGGUGUUCAAGUUUCACGUCACGUGCGUUUUGAAUUUCAACUGAAUAAUAGUACCCAGUAGUUCCGAGAAAAAAAAGCGAGUAGAAGAAAUAGUUUCCAACAAUCGGAGUGUGUCUUUGGAGUGUCCGGACCGAGACCCUCUGAUAUUGCCUCCAUCCGGAAGCCGGGAAUCUUGAACGAUACGACCGGCUGCUGGUUUCGUUUAGUGACGGAGAGAAGAAAAAAACGGAAAAAUAAAAGCCCUUACUGGUCACCGGUUUCUAGUUUGGAUUUUCACUUCUGAAUGAUGGUGCUGAUGCUGGUGGUUCCAGUUCAAAGAUGAUUCGACAUGGUGCUGCAUGAUUCAGCAGAUACAGUUUCUCAACCCGAAAAAAGAAGUAUGAGCACUGAGUAGAACCACCGGAGGCUGACGAACGGGGUCAUCAUCAACUAGAACCGUUUCAACCGAGCCGAACGAAGACUUUGGAGAAACCCAAAACAUCAACAACAUUAAACAGAAACGAACCUCACGAAACCCACCCGGGGAUCAAAGAUUGAUAAAAUAAAAAGCCCGGAAGAGAGAAAGACAAAAGACACAUAAAAAAACAAAAUGUCCCCCCGACUGUCGCCGAAGACACGAAUCGUGUUCAAGUUCAUCUUCGGGCUGGGCAUUUGGUCCUUCCUGGUGCUCGGGUUCUUCAAGCUGAAUGGCGAUUCGGUGGCCCAGCACCAGUUCCAGCAGGCUCCGAUCAAUGGGCGGCUGCUGCUCAACAAGGACAACCGAUGGACCGGAAACGAGGCCACUUCCACGACCACGGACCGGUACGCUUCGCCGAUGGGGGCGGGCGUCGACGAGGUGCUGGUGGACAAUCGUGCCGUGAUUGACGACGAACAGCUGGUCCGGGACGUGGAAAACCGUAUCCCAUCGCUACCGAUCGCGUACUGGAGCAAACACAAGAACGUGGUCCAGAAGAAGGGCGGCUGCGCCAAGUACCCGUCGAUAUUUGAGCUGGAGUUCAACAAUAUCUACUGGCAGACACUGCGAACGUCUAAUGGAACGUUCCAGCUGUAUGGGGCUUACUAUGAUAUCCGGAAGCAGUCCCGAUUGGGACCAGCUGUGCGGAUUUUGGGGAUGAUCGAUCGAAUCGAACCUAAGGUGAAGACGUUCUGCCAGCUGUGGUUCGAUGGACAGAAAGAACCGUUUAUCGUUAAGACGUUUGAGUAUAAGUACAUUUGGUUUAAUAAGUGGGGAAAUUACAAGCAAGGGAUCUAUCAACCUUACUUGAUUGCGUGUCAGAUUCCUAAACCGUUUAGAGGGUUGGUUCCUGCGUCGGUUUCGAUUGUAGAGAAUCACUGUGAUACGGCUACCAAUAAUUUGAGGGUUCUGUACAAUAGGCCGGUGGAUGACAAAAAGAAAGGAUUCGCGGUUUGCGUGAAGGGUUUGGACUUUUUGUAUGACGAUUUGUCGGUGCGAUUGGUGGAAUGGAUUGAGAUGUUGGGCAUUUUGGGAGCGGAUAAGAUAUUCUUCUAUGAGCUGCAGGUUCAUCCGAAUAUUUCCAAGGUGCUGAGGUACUACGAGGAGCAGGAUCGAGUGCACGUGACUCCUUUGACGCUGCCUGGGGGUCAACCGAAUGUUCCCGGUUUCCAGCAUUUGUUCCUAUCGAAGAAGACUACACACAAGCGUCAAAAUGAACUGAUUCCUUACAAUGACUGCUUGUAUAAGAAUAUGUACCGGUAUGAGUAUAUCGCUUUGUUAGAUAUCGAUGAGGUGAUCAUGCCAAAGCUCGAGGAAGAUCGCACCUGGCGUGAUUUGAUGAAUAGGGUAGUCGAGAAGAGUUUCAAGGUGCGGAAUGAUAGUCAUCAUAGUUUCAAUGUGAGGAAUGUAUACUUCUUUGAUCAGGAUCAGCACGAUCACGAGUGGGCCAAGGAUGUGCCCAGAUAUAUGCACAUGGUUCAGCAUGUGCAUCGAUCGAAGAACUACACCAAACCCAACCAGUACGUAAAAUGUUUCCACAAUCCGGAACGGGUCCUGACGCUGCACAAUCACUUCCCGAUUUCGUGUCUGGGAGGCGCCUGUCAUUCGUUCCCGAUCAGUACCGAUGAUGCCCAACUGCAGCACUACCGGGCCGAUUGUGUCCGAACGCUCAAGAAAAGCUGCGAAGAGUUCCGAGAGAACCAGAUUCGGGACACGACGAUCUGGAAGUACAAAGACGAACUGAUCCAGCGAACGCGUCGCACCCUGGACAUCCUCGGCUUUUUCCGGCCGUCCAGCUCCAUCGGAGGUCGCGGGAAGGAUUCGCUCUUCAAGCGGUGAUUGUUUCAGAAACUUCGGCAUAUGUUUAAUCUCUAGUUACGUUUGUUCAUUUAUUCGAUUGACCAACGGCGGCGUUCGGAUCAAUUCGGCAACAGGACUGCUCCCAUCGGAUCCGAAGUUCCGGAGCGUCAGUGUUGCGAUCUGCGCCGAUAGCAUGGGGAAACAUUCAUUCCAAAAUCUAACUCACGCAUUGGCUUGAACGCCUCCCAGAUACUAGUAACUAGCAAAAAAAAAACAACAAAAAACACACAAACUUCUCCCAAGUGAUUUGCUCAAUCCGAAUAAAUGAACGAUCGAUUAAAAGUGUAUAUGUUAGGUCAAAAA